AUGAGCAAAGUCAAGCACAUGCUCCUGUUACCAGUUUUGCUGCUCAUGUCCCAGGCCGAGGGCAAAAGCAUCGGAUGUGGUAAGAGACCCCUGUUCGAGGGAGUUGCUCAGUAUUCCAGAAUCAUUGGGGGGACGGAGGCCAAGGUGGGUGAGUUUCCAUGGCAGGUGAGCAUUCAAGCAAAUAAUGACCAUUUCUGUGGUGGUGCAAUCCUGAACAACUGGUGGAUUCUAACAGCUGCUCAUUGCUUUGUGAUAAACAAAGUCUCUCCAGCAGAGCUGAUUAUUGUGCUUGGGACCAAUGACCUAAAAAGUCCGUCCAUAGAAAUGAAGGGGGUCACCAGCAUAAUUCUCCACAAGGAUUUUGAUAAAGACAACAUGGACAAUGAUAUCGCCUUGCUCCUGGUAGACACACCCAUCAUCUUCAGUGACUUGAAAGUACCCAUCUGCCUGCCUGAAGAAUCCAGACACGACAUCUGGCACGAAUGCUGGGUGGCAGGAUGGGGGUGGACCAAGGCUGGUGAUGAAAACUCUGGGAACACUGACUUGUUGAAGGUGCCAAUUAUCAUCAUGGAUUGGGAGGAAUGUUCAAAGAUAUUUCCAAAAGUUACCAAAAAUAUGCUGUGUGCUGGCUACAAGAAUGAGAACUAUGAUGCCUGCCAGGGUGACAGCGGGGGGCCUCUAGUCUGCACCCAAGAUCCCGGAGAGAAGUGGUACCAAGUAGGCAUCAUCAGCUGGGGGAAAAGCUGUGGACAGAUAAAUGUCCCAGGAAUAUACACCUUAUUAGUUAAUUACAACCUCUGGAUCAAGAAUGUGACUCAGUUGGAAGGAAGGCCUUUUAAUUAUGAGCAAAGUGAAGCCCCUCCCAAAGAGGAAGUGAUGAAAUCCCUGGCCUCAGAAUUCUCAGAGCCAAGUCCCAGGUUCUGGCUCCUGCUCUAUCUUCUGCACUACCUGCUGUUCUGGAAUGUUUUCCACUGA